AUGAAUCAGGUGAUCGCAAAUCCUGCCAUCAAUUUCAAAAUAUCAAGUGUGCGACAAAUUCCACCACAACAUAAACAUUGGAAAGAGUUUACUAGGCCUGCAACAACAACAGAUUUUGGCAAAGUAAAGGAGGCAUACGCUGCCGGUGACUACACUACUGUUAUCGAGUUACUUGACUCAAAAAUGUUUCAUAACAUUGGUCAAAGAAGUAAGGGUAUUGCUACUACUCCUAACGCCAUGUUUCAAAAAGAAUACGCUCUAUUGGUUCGUGCAAUGUGUUCACAACAACUUAGAGAUUUUGAUCAUAAGAAAGAUCAAAAACUAUGCAACAUAUUGGCACUUUGGCUGAAAAGUUUAGCAUUAGAAUCUUUGGAGAGAUGGGAGCUUGCUAAUAGGGACUUGACUACGUUGAAAUCAAUGAUCAUUAAUACGCUUAGCAAUAAUCUGAAAUUUAACAAGGACAGCUUAUUAUCGAUUCUUUUGCCUUAUAUGGCACCUUUGGUAUUACAAUACAAUAAUAACGCAUGGAUCGUUAAUUUAAGAUGUGUCAACGAUAAACUACGCUUCAUCAUGAAUAUGUUGACGGUAAAACAAAAGUCCUUGUCAAAUGGUGGUGAUGGUCAAUUGUCGUCGUCAAUGAUCAAUCCUCCUCGUUUGAUAGACGACGAUGGAAAAUCAUCAUGUGAUCUGGCAAAAAAGUUUCAUUAUCGUUUAUUGUUGCGAAGACCACUCCACCCAAAUAUUCAUCUUGACAUGUGGUACACCAUGGAUUUGAUGUUUGUUAGUGAAAUGGGAUUGUUUAAAAGAGAGGACAUGUAUGGUGCUGAAGGUUACGCUCUUGCGUGUAAAAUUUUAGAAAUUGGUGAGGUUAAUAUUGAUAAUAACAAAUAUUCGGUUGAGGUGAGACCAAUGAGUUCGGAAUCGUGUGAGUGGAGCGGUUUAACGGCUACUGAUUGGGCCGGUGUUCAAAAAAGUGGCAAAGAAAAAUAUUUGUAUGUUUAUCCAAUUAUGGAAAUGGCGGAUAAAUCUAUUACUAUUAAUUUGAGCAACGGUGGUCAAGAUAACCACAACAACUACAGUAAUUUUAACAAUUUCAAUAAUUUAAAUGAUUUUAAUAGCAACAAUGCCAACAGCAACAAUACCAACGGCAACAAUACCAACGGCAACAAUGCAAAUACCAACAAACUAUGGGAUGUAGGAAUUCCUGGAAAAGUUUGGGAUUCGGCAUUUGUAAUGGUUCAGUUGUUUAGAGAAAAGUUAGCAAACAAUAAAAGAUUGUUUGAUAAUAAAAAGAUUUUAGAUUUAUCAUCAGGAAAUGGUUUCGUAGGAACACAUUUAGCAGCUUUAAUUACUGAUCUAAAAGUUUCAAAUGAUUAUAAGAAAAAUGAUGUUGCUGAUAAUGUCAUGACAGAUUUAAAACAUGCUCUACCACUUAUUAAAAAAAACAUUUCCUUGAAUAGAUAUUUAUUAGGUUUGACUGAUAAGAUUUCUAUCAAUGUUGAAUAUUUAAAAUGGGGUGAUCUAAAUAAAGCAAAAAAAUUAGGUACUCUGGAUUAUGUGUUGGCUUCUGAUGUUGUGUAUGAACCUGAGCUAUUUGAUUCUUUGAUUCAAACUUUAAAUACUCUCUGUACUCCAAAUCUUACCAAAAUUUAUUUGGGAUAUAAAAGACGCGGACUAACUAAAAACGAAGAAAAGGAUUUCUUUAAUCAAUUGCAAAAAAAUUUCAAUAUGAAAUUAUUGACUAAAGUAGGUGAUAAUAUAGAUGGAGAAGUGUGUGAUGGCGGAAGUGUCGGGGGACAAAUAAAUGAUGUUGGAAUAGUGAAUCUUUAUGAGUUAUGGAAAUGA